AUGAAAUUCCACUUCACCUCCCUCCUCGCCCUUUCAAUGGCGACGGUCUCCCUCGCCGACGAUCUUCAAUGCUCCUCCAAGAAGUCGUGCAUAUCACACUACUACACCGGAUCCUCCUGCAAAGAUGGCUACACCUCGUACGACAGCAAGGACAAAGCGGGCUCAUAUAACGGCUAUGACUGCUUCCGGGACUGCAACCCGAGCGAAAAAAGCAAAUGCAUCGCGGACCAAUGCGCAGCGAAGAAAAAGCACUGCCAGGAGUUCCCCGGGGGCGCGGGGUGCAUUGACGCGGUGGAAUUCUGCGCGGACGGGGUCAAAAUGGACUCGAAGGAGUGCAACGCGCGCAAGAUGGAGCAAUUCGUGGAAUACAAGGACGGGAAAUGCCGCGCCAGCGAGCGCGGGGGUGCCGCCCCGGACGUCCGCGGCCAUAGCAUCUUCGUGCGGACAGACCCAAAGGGGCGCGGCGGUCCACGCAUGACCAUGGAAUGCCUGCCGAUCAAGGUAGACAUCCCCAGGUUCAAUGGGAGAUCGGAGCGGGCUGAGCGCAAGAGAGCCGGGAAGCCCAAGGGGACGAGUAUGAUGCGAUAUAAUGCCGCUCUGGGCAAGGCCUUCAAAAGUGUGGGUGCCCAGUGUGAGUCGACGACUAAGUCCUUUCGGACCAGGGUCCUCACCACGGCGUGUGUGCUGCCCGAGGAUAAGUGGGAUCAGUUGGAGGAGAAGGUUGAAGAGGCGUGCAAGAGUGCCCAGUCGGGCGAUGACCAGCCCCCGGACUUUCACCGGUACAAUUACACUCGCUAG